GAAAAUAAUUUUGAUUUCACUCUCUGUCGCUGCUCCAGUAGUGCAACGACGACGUCGGCCGUCGUUGCCUGCUGCCCGUCGAAGUGCCUCGAGUGUGUCCGUCCGACAUGGACGCCGGCGUGUCCGGCUGGGUGCACCACCUGGUGGUGGACGCGUCCCUCAAGUACUGCAACUGCUACGCCAGCAGACCCUUUUACCGCUUAGUGUGCCUCAUGUGCUUCGCUUUCUGCGUCCUUUUCUUUGUUUUUUCCACCCAACAACAGUCCACCUCCGGACACUUGCAAAAACAUGAAGCCAUCAGACGGACUUUGUCUCUUCAUGAGCCCACCGGGCCUCACUUGGACGCCACAGACCUCACCGUCAAACCGUUUGGGUUUGAAAUUAAACUGCAGCCGUCCGCAAGAGGUACUUUUAAGUCUUGUCACAAAACUGAUCUCCUGAUUGUCGUCUGCUCGGCGGUGCAGCACUCGGACAGGCGGAUGGCCAUCCGCGAAACUUGGGGUUCCGCCGAGGCUUUGGCGCCGUUGAAUGCGGCCGUGGUGUUCGCAUUGGGUUCCAGGCCGGCUGGAGAAGAGGCUGUGCACGUUGAGGCCGAGCAAUUUGGGGACAUCCUGCAGGGCGACUUUGAGGACACGUACAUGAAUCUCACCCUCAAGUCGACAAUGCUGCUCAAGUAUGUGUCCGGAGCGUGCGGAGAUGGGAAAAAGGCCCCGCGUUUCGUCAUGAAGACUGACGAUGAUAUUUUCGUGAACGUGCCGCUGUUGGUUGCGGUUCUCAAAAAGAAUUAUAAAGAAGCAGAAAAAGUAAUAACAGGUUGUGCGAAACAAAAGACAGCACCAAAAGGAAUCAGCAUGGAUGGCCGUACGGCGCCCUCGCUGCUGCCAGACUUUGUGGCUGGCGCUGGUUACGUCAUGAGUGGACCUCUGGUCACUGAACUCUACGCCGCUGCCAGAAGAGUCCGCAAACCUCUGAAGAUGGAGGACAUUUUUGUGACUGCCCAAUGCGCCCAACUGGUGCCAGGGGCGCACCCACCAAGACACGACCCUCGAUUUAGCUGCGGGGGCAUAAUCAAGGAUGACUGCGAACUUGUUUCCUUAUUUACGGGACACCACAUUACUCCGCAAAGGCAAUCAGCGAUCUGGGAUAAAUUUACUAGUGAUCCGAACCCGUGCAUGGAUUUCUGAUUUGAUACUUGAAGCUAAAGACUGUGAUAAAAUGUGAAUUGAAAAAAUGCGAGUUGCAGAUUUUACCAUUUUGUGAUCAUAACAAGUUGUGAAUUCUAAUAAAAUAAAACUCAACUAGAGUGAAAG